AUGGAGAACCAUCGUGACCCUCGAAUGCGAGGCCUGAACAAGCGCAAGGCUGAUGAGAUGGCCGACCCCGAAACGACCAACCCAUCGACUCCUACCAUGGAGACCGAGGCUACUCCUCAAAUCGAGGCUGCCCGUGGGCCAAGUUAUCAAGCCGAGCUUGCCAACAACCUCGAGGCUAUCCCUGCAGCUGAAGCUGAAGCUACUCCUGAAGCAAUCCCCCAUGUCGAGCCUGUCAACAACGGCAAUCGGCAAGACAUGGAUGUGACGUUGGCCCUGGUAGUUUAUCAUAAACUGACGAGACUUUCAUUGCUUGAGGGAAGAAUUCCAGUCAUGGAGAACGAGAUCAAUCGGCUUCGUCAAGAAAAUGGGAACCUUCGUCGAGAAAACACGAAUCUUGGUCGAGUCAAUGAAAGACUUGAGGAAGCUCGUCUUGGUGCCAACCACUUAGCAGCAGAGCGGACAAAAGAACUCAAUUUCGAACGCGAAGACCAUGCAAAAGACAUGGCAAACUUCGAGCAGCAAACAGAAGCCCUGAGCAAGCGCUAUGAGAAAGAACGAAUCCUUGAAAUGCAGCUCGAGCGAUUGAAGAAGACUAUUGAACUUCAAAACCAGAAGCCUGUGGGACGAAUUGUUCUUGAAAUCUGGAUGUACUCUCUUGAAACCAAGAGCUUUGAAAUGCGCCGUGCUUGGGAAACAACUACAGAUGAAAUCACAACUUGGAAAGAUCUCCCAGACGCUUGCAGACGAAAGUAUCCUAUCCGUGGCGUUGGCACAAGCUACAGUUGGAAAUCAAUGGUGGAAGAUGCCCUGCGUCUGGAUCGCUUUGAUUCAUCUAUCCUGAACAAUUCCGCACUUGGCUGGAUUGUGUCAAGUUCCCCUCAAUCCACAGACGACGAUGCCGUUGCUUGUUUUAUCCCAAUGAUCACGAAGGAAAUGUCAAGGAAGCCGCCAGGAAGCUGUCGAAAUGAUUGGACAUCACAUGAAGUGGAUCUUGGUGUGCAGUGGUUUUUGAAUCCACAUUGA